GAGAGUACAAGUCCCGCCCAAAUUGGGGAUGACGACGAUGAUGGCUGAUCCGGUGAAACGAAUCUGCGAUGAACUUGGAGUGUGUAAUGAAGAAGUAAUCUGUUACCUCGACGGAUUCCAGUGGAAUUUGGAUUCGGCGAUGGAGGCUUGCCGCAGCCAAACCUUGCCGGUCCCGUUACUCACGGUUCAAUCUUUGCCGGUGAACGAGAAAUCCACGUCGAAGGCGUCGUCUACACCGCCGAUAAGGAUCGAUUCACUUCGGAGUUUGAAUCUUCAAGAUGAACAGUCGAGAAAUCAACUAAUCAGACGAUUUUGCGAAGCGGCUGCUGGAGCGGAAGUAGAAGACGCAUACGCUUACCUAUCGCGCAGCAAUUGGAAUAUAGACCUAGCCAUCGUCUAUUUCUACGACGAGCGCCGUCCAACGCCUCCUCAGGGGAAACGUCGAAGAUAUAUUUCAACACCGCAGUUUAAACAACUCAGAAUCGGGAGCUCUUCUUCUGAUUCGAUGGAGAUUGACUCGACAGGAGGACAUAUCCCUGAAGCGAAGGAGAAAGGUAGUGGUUGGCCACCGGUGGAGACUUGGAUUGAUCGAGCCUGCAAUGAAACCAAAGUCUCCCGAGAAGAAGCACUCUUUUACCUUGAGGGAUUCAUGUGGAAUUUGGGUCCGGCUGUGGAGGCUUGCCGCACCAAAACCUUGCCGGAGGUUUUGGUGAGCGAGGAAUCUGCUGAGGCGCCGUCGAAUUUUCCAGAGCAACCGUCUCAGUUGAAUGAUAAACUCAUCUCCUCAUUCUGCGAUGCGGUUGGUGGAGCGACUAGAGAGAAAGCAAUCUCUAUCCUUCAACUCUGCAACUGGAAUAUAGACCAAGCCGUCGGCUGUUACUUUGAUGGGUUCUCAGAGGAUGACAUUUCCACGGCAAUUGAUAUGAGAAUGAUAGUCACCAGAGGUCUGCCUAGUUUGAUGGACGUUGAUCCGACCGAGCCAGAAAGGUUGCUCAAAGAGGCUGGUGUAGAAAACGCCGUAGUAGCUAUUCUUGGACUGGCGUCGUCUCAAGUGGAUGGUAAGGCUGUUGAGGAAGAUUCAAGCACUGAGACAUUCCCUGAUCCUGUUGCCGUCCAAGACAGAAUAGUUUUGGGGCCUCGAGCUGCGCGGACUACUAUUACAAUAACUAUCAUCUUGGCCGAUGGUAGGUCCGUAAAUAUUCCUUUUAGAUCCAACCAAACCGUCAGAGACAUCCGCGAUGCCAUUGACGAGCUAACGCCAUCCAACGACAAAGACUACUUUUUGCAAUCAAUGGCUGGAGUAGAUUAUAUGGACUCCAAUAUAACUGUACACGAGAUUUCUGCUGGUCGGUCCACAACUCUCCUCCAGAUCUACCUUAAUCCGUAGCUUUGGUUUUGCACAGUUUCCAUUGA